AUGUUAAGGUGGAUGUGUGGUGUCAUGGACAAGAUCAGGAAUGACUACCUCAGAGGGACAGUGAAAGCCACAGAAGUGAGUGUAAAGAUGCAAGAAAGAAGGAUUAAUUGGUAUGGGAAUGUCAUCAGAAGUGAAGAAGACUAUAUUAGAAACCGAGUUAUGGAAAUGCACGUGGAUGGACGUAGAAGAAGAGGUAGACCCAAGUUAAGAUGGAGGGACAGGCUGGAAAAACUGAAAGACAAGGGACUCGGAAGGGAAGAUGCAAUGGACAGAACAAGAUGGAAGAAGUUAGCGAGGAACAGCGACCUCAUAGAGAAAUGGGAAUAA